CACACACACACACACACACACACACACACACACACACGCAAGCUUCUCUCCAUCUUGUGAUUCCUUUCCCCCUCCAGAACCCUCCAGUGGGGCUGCGAGUUUCUCCCCCCCCCCGCCUUCUUUUCUUCUCGCUCUCCUCCCCCUCCCCUGCUUGCGGUGCACCUCUUUUCUUCUUUUUCCCCCUUCUUCAUUUAUAUCUAUCUUUAUUUAUUUGGCUCCCACACUCUCUCGCGCGCUCAGCCUCUCUCUCCUUCCAUCCCUCCUUCCCUUCCUCCAUCCCUCCCUCCCUCUGGAUUCUCGUUCUCUCCCCGGAGUGGCGCGUCGGGGGCUCCACCGCUGGCCAGGCGUGAUGUUGCACGUGGAGAUGUUGACGCUGGUGUUUCUGGUGCUCUGGAUGUGUGUGUUCACCCAGGACCCGGGCUCCAAGGCCGUCGCCGACCGCUACGCCGUCUACUGGAACAGCAGCAACCCCAGAUUCCAGAGAGGUGACUACCACAUUGAUGUGUGUAUCAACGACUACCUAGAUGUUUUCUGCCCUCACUAUGAGGACUCUGUGCCAGAAGAUAAGACUGAGCGCUAUGUCCUCUACAUGGUGAACUUUGAUGGCUACAGUGCCUGCGACCACACUUCCAAAGGAUUCAAGAGAUGGGAAUGUAACCGGCCUCACUCACCAAAUGGACCACUGAAGUUCUCUGAGAAAUUCCAGCUCUUCACUCCCUUUUCUCUAGGAUUUGAAUUCAGGCCAGGCCGGGAAUAUUUCUACAUCUCCUCUGCCAUCCCAGAUAAUGGAAGAAGGUCCUGUUUAAAGCUCAAAGUCUUUGUGAGACCAACAAAUAGCUGUAUGAAAACUAUAGGUGUUCAUGAUCGUGUUUUCGAUGUUAACGACAAAGUAGAAAAUUCAUUAGAACCAGCAGAUGACACCGAACAUGAGUCAGCUGAGCCAUCCCGCGGCGAAAACGCGGCACAAACACCAAGGAUACCCAGCCGCCUUUUGGCAAUCCUACUGUUCCUCCUGGCGAUGCUUUUGACAUUAUAGCACAGUCUACUCCUGUCACCUGUCACAGAAAACAUCAGGGUCUUGGAAUACCAGAGAUCCACCUAACUGCUCAUCCUAAGAAGGGACUUGUUACCGGUUUUUUGGCAGAUGUCAGAUUUUUUUUGUUUGUUUUUUUAUUUGUUUUUGCUUAGUUUUUGUUUUCUUUCUUUCAGCCUCAAUUCUAAGCAACAACUUGGGACUGGUGGCGGGGGGGGCUAAAGUAGUUACUGCCUCCCUGACCCCACCCUACCCCAAGCCCUUGCCCUUGACUUCUCUCACCCCUUCCAAAUUAAAUAGACUCCAGAUGAAAAUGCCAAAUUGUUGUAGUGACACCAGUGGUCAUCAGCUCUUGUGCAUUCUCCUCUAAGAGCUCUCACCUCCGUUAGCACACUGUGUCGGCGGUACUUGGACAAGAAAGAAUAGUGGCAGAUGCAGCCGGUGAUGGCAAGACCCAGGAGGGUUUUGCUCUCCAUACAAUAUUUAUGCCUCCUCAUUCGGGACUGUAAGACGAUCGCACAGGGCAUCAUGUCACCAUGUCAAGUCCAGAGGGGAGGUGUUAAGAAUAGAUAUAAUAUUACACCAUUUCCUCUAGGAGUAUAUAAAUGAACAGGCUUCUAAAAGGUUGAGACACUGUUUUUUUUUUCUUUCUUUCUUUUUCUCUUUUUAAUAUGACUGUCUUAAAGCAUUCUUGACAGCAAAACCUGUGCUCCUCAAAAGAAGCCUUUGUUUUUUCUCCCUAGGAGGCGGGUCAGAUGCCAGAAUGCUAACACAGAGCAAGUGUGAAAAUAGAGAAAACUAGGUCUGGUAGGGGUAUAUAUGUGUGAGUGCCUCUAAUAUUUUCACUGACUGGGCAGUGCACACCAGAUUUUUUUUUCCUUUUGAAUACAGAUCACCAUGGUGCUACAACUUUUCUUUUUUUCCUUUUUGGAACUCAAAGAGGCAUUUUUAUGAAUAAAGUGACCUUCCCCAAGGCUGACAAGCCAGGGUUGAUGAGUGCAUAAUGGAAUAGCUUUGGAUACUCCUCUGGGGGACAGUAUGCACCAAGGAAAAGAUGUCAGUGGCCAGAGGAGAUGUGAUUUGGCUUUGCUGGAGCGCCAAUGUGCUGUGGCCUUUCCCCAAUUCCCACCCCAGAACCCAUGUUUUGCUCCACAUGCCACAACUCCAGGGGCUUGAACACAAACCCCCAUCACCAGGAGAGUCAGUCAGCACUACUUGGGAGGGCUAAAGGGAAAUUUGGAAUAAAAAUUCCAAAGCUUGGAAUAAAAGCAUUCAAGUGUUGAGUUUAUAUCCUUUCCCUUUCUGACAGCCUGAAGCGUAGGGGGAACAUGUGUUUAUCUGUGGGUGAUAAACAAGAUGGAGUCCCAAAGACUUUAACAAAAUAUUUUUUUAAAAAUCCACUAGAAUAGAAAAUACAUUAUUUAGAUAUACUUUAUGCUGAGAGUGAGUAUAUAUGCUUGUCCUAUUUAAACUUGUGAGAAAAAGUGGUAUCCCUUGAUACAUUUAGAAAUAUGGGGGGCUAUCUUGUUUCAUUGUGGGUGUAGGGCAGAAAGAGAAUAAACACAGAAUGACCCUGUUUAAGGAAUCAUAGAAAGGCCAACAAAGGACAUUUCUAGUUGAGGACCAGGAAAUGCAAGCCUUGGGGGUUUGUACUGGUGAGGCUUUCAUGAAUUUAGACACCAAUGCCUAGACAGAGGAGAGUGUCAGACCAAUGGAAAAGAGAUCUAUUUUUUUUUCUUUCUUUCCUUUUUUUUCUUGGUGGUGGGGGUGGGGUAGGGUGGGGCAGGGAGGGGGACUAUUGCACGACAUGUCAGUAGAAAAACAUGCCUUUCGAAACAAAAUGAAAAUAUGAUGCUAUAAGAUGUGAAAAUUUGGAAGCAUUCCAGCAAAAUAAGGAUUUUUAAUAUAUAUAUCUGUUUUUUAAAAUAUACAUGUAAAAAGGGUCACAUUAUGGACAGACUUUAUGAAUGGGAACUUGCUGCGAAUUAUGAGUAGAUCUGAAUUAGAAAAAUAUGUGAAUGAAAGGCAGCUGUAAAGGUACUAUACCUUGGAGAGUUGUACACAUGUUGAAAUGUAAUUUGGGCUUACCUGAUGUGUUUGGAGUGGAUGUUACUGCUGGGUCUGUUCACACUUGGAACAUGUGAGUGGGAUUGCCAGCCUGGCAGAUUCAAUUCAUCCUCUUCCCCAAACAGCAGAAACUUCUUUGGAGUGGCAGAGUCUUAUCACAGAAGGCAGCCACCAUUUCACAGAAACAAAAGUUCACAACAUUGGAAUCUUUUUUUCCUUUACCUAUUUAUAUGCUUAGUGCUCUCAGAAAUAUCCAGUAAGACUUCUUUUUAUUAAUAUUUACAGACUAGUUGGUCCAGUUGUGAUUUGGGUGGGGGAGGGGGGUGUCUUCUAAAAUGGAUCCAUAGUCAGAGCCAAAAUAAUAUACUGCAUGUUCUGUAACCACAAGGAAAUCAGCUGAUUCUGUAAUGAUUCCAGUUAGUCAUGACUAGUUUAGCAGUGCUAAUUUCAUUUUAGAAAUGGUGACUUCUGUGGUUUUCUUAGCACUUGUCUCUAACAAAUGAUGAAAUAAUUACUCAUGGCCCUCUGUGCCAUUGUCUUUCUUUCUUUCUUUCUUUCUUUUUUUCACAGUGGAAUUAGACCCCUUUUACUUCACCAUUGUGCCACUACAAAUUAAGUAAAAUAAAUAAAUAAAUAAAUAAAUAAAAAUAAAGAUAGAAAAAUUAGACUAUCCACACCAGUAGACAAUGUGCUUCUCUACCUAUAAGUAACGUAAUUGUAGGUAAUGUUUUCCACAGAGUUUUCAAGAAGAAGAUUGGUUAACAGACAGUUUUCAUCUUGUCCAAAAAGUGCUGGUGGCCUUUUUGCCAAUGUUGUUACAACCCUCUGGAGACUUAGGAGGAUGUCGAUGCAACUUUUGUAGCAGCUUUUACUUUUAAAAACAUUCGAAAGUCUGAAGGACAAACAUGGCUGCCUCUCAGCCUCAGUUAGUCAAACCCAAGCGACCUUUGCCCCUGGUUGCCAAGGGCUUUGCAACAAGAAGCAGGGAAAUAAGGAUCUGUCUGUUUAGUGGAUACCGUGUAUCCUUUAAUAGACCAGGUAAUAGUUCGUGUUAGCUUAGACUAUUGUUUUGUACUGUACUUUCUUGGGUGGCAGAGGAAAGAAAAGUAAAACAUUAAAAAAAAAAAAAAGCGUUCUUUAAAUUCUGUAUUAUUAGCAAUCUCUGUUGUAUAUAGUGUUUGAUAAUAAAGUAUUAAUUUGAUUCUUAUGUCUUUUGUAAAUGAGAACAAUAGUCUUUCAGGAUACAAAACAUGCAUUGAGGCUUUGAAACAUCCAAUGUGUACGUGACUGAGAAGUGCCACAAACAGCUGAGACUCUGCUCCAUGCAGGACUUGUGUGGUCUUCUACCUUCUAAUCUUGACUCCACUAUCUCCGAACCUUGGAAAUGAUGACUAUUCGGAUCAAAAUAUUUUGUCCUCAGUGUCUCCAAGGUCGGAUGUUGGAGCCAUGCAGUCCACCCUUACCCCACCCUCCCCAAAGCAUGUUGGUUUGAAAUGGUUUAGGGAAUUUAGUAAACUCUGUACUUAGGUUUGGGGUUUUUUUGUUUGUUUGUUUGUGGUGGUCUUCAUGGACUGUUUCAUUUUUCCCUAGGAAGAUACUUGCCAGUAUCAGUUGCUGGGCAUGGAAAAUGACAAGUUGCAAACCAAUCAAUUUAGGAAGGUAAAAUUGGGGCUGUUCCCUUCUCUAUCGAAAGAAACUGCCCCAAUACCUGUGGAUUUUCAGGUUUCGGGGAUACUGUUUUUCUCUGGUGCCUUAGUGACGGCAGCAGCCAUUUUUAUUAGUUUCUGAAAACUAAGGAAAUAGUUUAAAUUCCUCUCUUCCAUUCAUUGCCCUCAGAGACAGUGGUCAUUAGUUUUUCCUUUGGUUUUCCCACCUCCACCAACAACUCCCCCUUCCCAUUUGACUACACUCCCCUUCUUUUAUUUCUUUUGGGACUUUUUGUUUGUUUGUUUUGUCUUGGUCUUUCACUAUCCUCCCACAUUUUCUUAACCCUCAGAACUGUGAAUAGGCAGAUCUGUGUAUGGUUUGGCAUCACUGAGUUUUUCCCAUGCAUUUGCCCCUGGGCUGCUCGGAUGUGAAACAAAUCUCCCUACAAUGGGCUUUCUCCCAUUGUCUGUACAGUUUAAUAGAUGCUGGCAUGUUGGAGGUUACCCAUGAGUCAAAAUCAGCUUUCCAUGCUUACCCUUGACACCCCAUUGAAGCCACUCAUUGUGUGUGCGUCUGGGUAUGAAGUCCAGCUCCGUGUGGUCCUGUGCUUGUACUGCCCUGCUUUGCAGUUCCUUUGCACUUACUCAUCAAGUGCUGUUUUGAAAUGCUGACAUUAUAUAAACGUACAAAAAAAAUGUAAAAAAAAAAAACUCACACACAAACAAACCCAUACGAUCUGUAUUUGUAUAUACACGUGUCCAUACAAGUAUACCUAAAUAAAAAUGAAAGAUUUUCAUCAUUUUAAUUGGA